AUGCCUAAUUCGGUUAUUCCAAAAUCGGUUAAUCCGGACCUUCAGAAGGAGCGCGAUGGGUCUAGUUUCAGCAGCGAAGAGUUCACCGCCUGGUGGGCAGGAGGAGAGGAGGCUUUGAAGUUUAUCCGUAGCGUCCGGGAAUAUCUAUAUAAGGAUGUGGAUCAGAACGAAAUGCUGCAGAUCCAGAAUAUGUCCCACGAGGAUAUAAACGAGUUCUCUGUAAGGACGUCUAUUGAGGCGGCAAAAAAGCUGCGCCGUUUGCAGGAGGAGCGCAAUCCAGGCGGAGAAGAUUACUGGCCAAAUCUUUACGACAGCAGGGAGAUGUGGGGUCUAACACCUGCCGGGAACCCUUUUGGAGUUAUGUACGUGAUGGUUGUCAAGGCGUUGCAGGCCCAGUGCACUCCAGAGCAGUACGAGGACUUUGGAAAACGCUUGGAAAGAUUUGAGAUCUGCGGCACGUAUGCCCAAACGGAGCUGGGUCACGGAACCUACUUGCGUGGGUUGGAAACCAGAGCGGAUUUUGAUCCCCAGACUGACGAGUUCAUACUGAACACCCCCAAGAUAUCCUCCUACAAGUUUUGGCCUGGCGGGUUGGGUCAUGCUUCGAAUUACUGUCUGGUGAUGGCGCAGCUAUACAUCAACAACCAGUCCAAAGGACCCCACAUGUUCUUCGUGCAAGUUCGCGAUGAGGAGACCCACGAGCCAAUGCCUGGAGUUCACAUCGGAGAUAUAGGAAAGAAGAUGGGGUUCAUUGGAGUAAACAAUGGCUUUCUGGGACUAAAGGACGUGAGGAUUCCCCGAACUCGCAUGCUGAUGCGACAUGCCAAGGUCAACGCCGAUGGAACUUAUGUGAGCAGUCCCACCAAUGUCCUCACAUACUUCGCCAUGGUGCGAACGCGAUGUCUUAUUGGGCGGAACAGUGCCUUGAUCUUGUCAGCGGCUUCUACCAUAGCAGUGCGUUACUCUGCAGUGCGCCGACAAAGUCCGAUUAAUCCCAAGGAACCGGAGCCCCAAAUCAUAGAUCACGUAACGCAGCAGAUGAAGCUGUUCCCUGAGAUAGCCACCAGCUUGGCCCAUCGCCUGGCCAGUGACUAUCUGUGGAACUUGUACGAAGAGACACUCGUGGAUAUAGGGAACGGAAAGUACGAACGAUUGCCGGAACUUCAUUGCUUGUCCUGUGCUUUGAAGGUAACCUCAUCCAUGGACUCCACGGCUGGCAUUGAGCGCCUACGUCUGGCUUGUGGCGGACAUGGCUACCUGACUUCCUCUAAUCUGAGCAACCUGUACGUGUUUGCCACUGCAGCCUGUACAUACGAGGGCGAGAACACCGUACUGCUUCUACAGAUUGGUCGCUUCCUGAUGAAGUCCUGGAACUCGGCACUGAGUGGAGCUCCGUUGGCCCCAACUGUCCGUUACCUGGCCGAGGUUCAGAAGAAUCCAGAGUUCGGCACCUGGACAGGCACCUGGGAAAACAUGGUGAAGGCUAUGGAGUAUGCAGCUGCAAAUAAGACGCGUUUGGCUUUCAAGAGCCUAUCGAAUCGUCUGCUUAGAGGAGAGAGCGAGGGAACUGCGGCUAAUCACACGGGCCUAGAGCUCACUCAGGCAGCGGAGCUUCAUGGUCGCGCUUUUAUUUUCUCCUCAUUCACCGCAGAGGUUACUGGUCCAAAAUCAAAGAACCGAUCAGCGGCCUUCAAUCGAGUUCUGGAGAAUCUUUUGGAACUUUACUUGGUGAAAGAGACCCUGGGCCAACUAAGCAAUUUGCUGAGAUUCAUUAACCUGACUGACUCAGACCUCACCAGCCUGCAAGAUCGCUUGGAAGCGGUGUUGACCAAGUUGCGUCCUGAUGCUGUGGCUAUUGUGGAUGGCUUCGACUUUAAUGAUCAGCAACUGAACUCCACCCUAGGAGCAUUCGAUGGAAAUGCCUAUGAGCGUAUAUUUGAUGCUGCUCUGAGGAACCCCAUGAACCAGAAAUCGGUCCCAAAAUCAUUCCAUGAACACCUUAAGCCUUUCAUGAAGUCCAAUAUUUAGUGGCUUGUCCUUUAGGUCUUUACUUUUUCUGAUUAUAUGUAUUGUUUUAAUCAU